UUUACUUUUGAAAGUGAGUUUGUUUCAAGAUGGAUUUGAAUUGUCCCGGUUUACAUAAUCGAACCGAUUCAAACAUAAGAACCUCGGAUUUUUAUAAAACUUGCCAACUACCCAAACGGUUUGAUCAUCCGUCUUGGUUUUAUGGUUAUGGUCUACAAAAAUCUCCACCAGAUCAUCCUUUUUAUAGAACAACUUCUAGUGAUUAUGGAAGGUAUCCUCCAACAAUUCACACCGUUCCCACUUCGUUUUAUCCAACUUGUCAGGAAUUCAGCAAGGCGCUCGCUAAGGCGGGCAACUACAAGAAUUACUCUUUGAACACGGGGUUGGAUCGAACGUACUGCUGA